GAUUAGCGGAAAUUGCCUUUACGCAUGCUGCUGUUACCACUGGAAGUGGGACCUCAAGGCCUCACUCCCGCACAAACAAAGGGGGGAAACUUAUAGCAAUAACAAUUCUGCCAAGUUGAUCAGAAUCGUGCCUAUCAUGAUGUAUACGCAGGACAUAAAAAGCCGGUCGUGUUCCUCCCAUCCUCAGAGACAUCUCCCUUCAUCUUAUUACCUCGCACAGAAAAAAUGCGUUUCUCCCUCGCCAUUGUUGCUGCUUUGACUACAUCUCAUGAUGUUUGUCAGUGCAUGUGUCGUCGAGAUGGGUGGUUGCAUAACAAACGACCCCGGCGUGUGUUGUGCUGGCUUGGUUUGUGUCGGGCCUCACCUCGGAGUAUGAGCAGGUCGCUGUGCAAACACACAUAUACACUAACUGGUCCUGCGCGCCUCAGGAUGGAAUCAUCGGUACUUGCAAGCUGCCUCAUAGGCAUGUCGCGACAUUCGAAACCUUUGAAAAUGAUCGAGCUUAGUUUGAGUUCAAGAGGCUGUCGAAAUGGGCGUUUGGUGUUCCUGCAGUCGUCUGAUUCGCUGCCUGAGUUCACCUCCAUAGAAUGCAUGCACCUAGCAGCGUCUAUAUAGCUCUUCCCGACACCCAUCCACGAUAAGAACAACCCAGCGAAGACCGUGCAGGACACGGGAGAUGAACGAAAAGGAACGGUUUUGCGCUCUGUUUUUGAGUCAUAACUCGGGCCACACCGAUCGAUCAACGUUGCAACACAGC